AUGGAAAAUUCUGAACCUAACAUUUCUAAUUCGACAUCAGAGGUUAUUGAAAAUCCAGAACCUAACAUUUCCAAUUCAACAUCAGAGGUUAUUAAAAAUCCUGAACCUAAUAUUUCCGAUUCAUUAUCAGCGAUUAUUGAAAAUCCUGAACCUAAUAUUUCUGAUUCAACAUCAGAGAUUAUUGAAGAUUCAGAUAAUGAUACCCAUACUAAUAAAAAUAAAAAAAAAAGAGAAAUUAAUAAUAAGGGCGAUGGUCACAAAGGUUGGGAAUGUUUAUACUGUAAUGAACAAAAUCCACGUGCAUCUGAUAUGAAUAUGAAUUCGCAUUUGGCAUUAAGUUGUAAAAAAGUUCCACUUAAUAUCAAACAAGAACUUUUACGAAAAUUCCCUGUACCUAAUCAAAAAAGAAAAACAGAAAUUGAUAUUAUUACUGGUGCACAACCACGAAUUGAUACUAAAUUUCAAGUUAUAAAUAAAAUGGAUUCUGGACAAGAAGAAUUGUCAAUUUUACGUAAUGAAAUAACUCGUUUUAUGAUAAAUAAAGGUGGAUUGAAAAGUUCUGUUUGUUCACGUUGGUCAUCAGCAUAUGAUUGUGUACAAUCAGUUCUUAAUCUAGAAGUUUGUAUUAAACAGAUUUUAGAGGACGAUAAUCUUGCUUUAACAUUAGAUUUAAGAAAGCUUGUACGAAAUCGACAAUUUUGGACAAAUGCAGAAAUUUUGGCCAAAAUAUUGUUACCAGCUAAAAAUGCCGUUAAAAUGGUCGAAUCAAAAUCUACAACAACUGCUGAUGUUUUUUUAUUCCUUAUUCAAAUGGCAACUGCUAUUAAUGCACUUGAAAAAAAUAGUUUGCCAGAACAUAUAGAAUUUCGUAAACAAUGUAUUAAAUUUUAUAACAAGCGAUGGAAAGAAUUCGAUAUAAAAAUUUACCUUUUAGCAUACUUCCUUCAUCCAAAAUAUCGAGGAAAAGAUUAUGUUUCUGAUGAAGAUGAUUUAGAUGAAAUUAUAGAUUGUGAAAAUUUGGAUGCCAAUGAAAUAAUAGAUUUUAAUAUCUUUACACAAAAACCAGCAAAUGAAAUAAAUUAUAAUAACGAUAUAGAAGCUGAGGGUGAACUUGAUUAUGAUAUUAAUGAAGUUAUCAACGCAACUAUAAAUAAUGCAAAAUAA